AAAGAUAUCCCGUGGUGUAAGUCUCUUAAAAGCUUGCCAGUGUUUACAAGGAAAGAGAUAGAUGAACACCGGAACAAUAGUGGCAAACGAAAGGCUGACGACGUUUCGAAGCCUAUUAAAAAAACCCUGAAGCGCGGCUUAAAAUUUCAAGAAGAACGGUAUCUUUCAUCAGACACAGUGUAUACGAAGGUAUUUGGUAACUCGUUUAUGGUAAAAGCAAAGUGUCGUGCCAGCAUGAGUACUCGAGAAAUUCACGAACUAGAAGUUUCACUCGAUGUAACAUCUGGGAAUGUACGGGAAGCACACUGUACUUGCAGAGCUGGCAAAAGUGGAUACUGUAAUCAUGUGAUGAGUCUUCUACUUGAACUCGCUCGUUACUCUUUGGAAGACUUUGACAGGAUACCCGAGGAAGCAGCAUGUACAAGUAUGUCAAGGAAAUGGGGUAUUCCAGGUAAAGUAUAAAUUGAUUUCAAUUAGCUGUAAGUACCUACCUGUACUUUUGGGCAGCUCACGCAAGUAGUUAACAUGUUCGGUUUUCGUCUGCUAGCAGAAGAAUUAAACUGAUAAUAGCAUAGGUCAUGCUGAAGCACGUCUUGAUAAAGUUGUAUGAUGUGUCUGAAAGUUUUGAAGUGACUUAAGCGUUAUUCACAUAGUGAUCAAACUUUUUUCUGUUCUUGUUCUAAGGUGAGAAAGGUCUACCUAAAGAACCCAUAAUGAAGACAUCAGUUCAAAAGGAGUUAACGAACAAGGGAAUAAAACCAACUCUGUAUGAUCCAAGAGUC